ACAGAAGCUAAACUCGGGCUCUUCACUUCACUCUUCAGGUACGCGAGGAGCCGUAACAUCAGGCAGCUGAGGGACCCCAGGAGUGCCAAGGACACGGGACGCUGCAAGCCUGAAGCAACCGCGAACGGAAUCCCCAUCGUCCCCUGCGGGCUCGUGGCGUGGAGCCUGUUCAACGACACCUGCAGCUUCGCUCGCGGCAACGAGACGCUGGCGGUGAACAAGCGAGGCAUCUCGUGGAGGAGCGAGAGGGAUCACCUGUUCAGCAAGCACGUGUACCCGAGGAACUUUCAGAGCGGGGGACUGAUCGGCUGUGGGACGCUUGAUCCAAGCAAGCCUCUGAGCGAGCAGGAGGAUCUGAUGGUGUGGAUGCGGACCGCGGCGCUGCCAAAGUUCAGGAAGCUGUACGGGACGAUCGAGGUGGACCUCCGCGCCGGCGAGGUGGUCACGGUGGCCGUGCAGAACAGGUACAACACCUACAGCUUCGGCGGGAGGAAGGCGGUGGUGCUGUCGACCGCCGGCGCGCUGGGCGGCAAGAGCAGCUUCCUCGGGCGCGCGUACCUGGCCGGCGGCGCGGCGUGCCUCGGCCUGGCGCUGCUCCUCACGCUGCUUGGUCUCUUCUGCCCGUUCCCAGUGUGA